AUGGCAAACCUCCGCCCCCCAUCAGCCCCCUACAGCGAACCCCUCCUCCCUCAACUAAAUAUCCCAAACCCAUACUACAAACCACAUCACCACGCGCUACGCGCCCACGUCCGCGAAUACGUCGACACAUACAUAGCACCGUACGCGCACGAAUGGGAAGAAGCAGGCCAAGUCCCCGAAGCCGUACGUCUGCGCCACAGCAAACUGGGCUAUAGCAUCGUGCACCCGUUGACGAGCGAAGAGGAUUCGGCGGGUCUGGCAUUGCCUGGUGGUGUACCGCGUGAGAAGUGGGAUACGUGGUGCUCGCUUAUUGUCUCGGAUGAGCUUACGAGGGUCGGGUAUGUUGGUGUUAUUUGGGGGCUUGGGGGUGGGAAUGGGAUUGGGUGUCCGCCUGUUGCGAGGUUUGGGAGUAUUGAGCAGAGGAGACGAUGGUUGCCUGGUGUUGCCCGGGGGGAGGUAAGGUUUUGUUUAGGGAUUACGGAGCCUGAUGCUGGUUCUGAUGUUGCUAACAUUCGGACUACUGCUUUGCGUAAUGGGGAUCAUUAUGUUGUUAAUGGUGCGAAGAAGUGGAUUACCAAUGGUAUUUGGGCGGAUUAUUGUACUGCUGCUGUGAGGACUGGUGGUCCUGGUAGGUCUGGGAUCUCUUUGCUAGUCAUUCCUUUGGCUGCUGCUGGUGUGACUCGUCGGCGCAUGCAUAACUCUGGUGUUAAUGCGAGUGGCUCAACCUACAUCGAGCUGGACGAUGUUCGUGUCCCUGUUGGGAAUCUCCUUGGUGAAGAGAACAAGGGGUUCCCGCUGGUCAUGUCAAACUUCAACCCGGAGCGCCUUGCACUGGCCUGUGCAUCCUUGCGAUUAGCCCGCGUCUGCGCGGAAGACGCAUUCAAAUACGCCAUUCAGCGCGAGACAUUCGGCUCGCCCUUAAUUGAAAAACAAGUAAUCCAAUCUAAGAUCUUCAAGUUUGGAUUGAUGAUCGAACCGGCCUAUGCAUUCAUGGAGCAGCUUGUUAAUAUUCUCGAACUUACCAAGGAUCACCCCACGGAUGAUGUGAACAUUGGUGGUAUGACUGCCCUGCUUAAGGUGAUGUCCACGAGGGCUCUGGAGAAGAGUGUUCGUGAAGCACAGCAGAUCCUUGGUGGGGCUGGGUAUAACAGGGCUGGUAAAGGUGCGCGGAUUGAGCAGAUUAGUCGUGAUGCUCGAGUUCAUGUUGUCGGGGGUGGGAGUGAGGAAAUUAUGGCUGGUUUGGCUUUGAGGGAGGAGACUAAGGCGCUGAAGACCCGACGGAUGGCUCUUGAGAAGAGACAGUCGAAGCACAGACGUCAUGUGGGGAACUUCAACCUCACAACAACUCCCAGCAUGGAGAGCUUUGAUGAUGUGUCUCUUAUCGGGCCAGUCUUCGAAGAACAUUCCUUCCAUAAUGAUCUCCCAGUCGCCUCCGACCCUCCAGAACAGACUUCGUCCAAGUCAGAGAACACACCGACCUCCGCCCAACUGACCUCACAACUGGAGCGCACCAACGAUGUAGGAAUGAUCGACGAUUCCUCCGAUAUUUCCGAGUUUCCUCCUCUUUCCUACAAUGCGCCACCGGGGACUCGAGUGGAGGAGGAAGGUGAGGGAGAGGAUGAGGAGCCAAGGGUAGCAACCUCCUUUGAGCGGCGCGAAUCCUCGCCGACCUCUGCGCUAAAACACCGAUCGGCUGCGGAUAAUUCGGACUAUGAGGGUAUCAACCGCAUGCACAAAUUUACCCUGUAUGAAACCGCCACUCGGUUCUACAUGGUGGGGAUCAACCUCGCGGAGACGCGUUUUCGAAUAUUGAAAAUCGAUCGGACCACGGAGUCGGGGGAGCUCAGUAUCACCGAAGAUGACAUGAUCUAUACAAAGAGAGAGAUGGUUCAGUUGCUGGAUGCGAUCGACGAUGGCAAUAAGAGCUCUGGUGGUUUGAACCAGAAAUGCAGCGCAUGGGCAUUGCUUGGUUUCAUCCGAUUCACGGGGGGCUACUAUAUGCUACUCGUCACCAAGAGGAGUCAAGUCGCCAUGCUGGGUGGGCAUAAUGUCUACAAAAUCGACGAAACAGAACUGAUUCCUUUAACCACCUCGGAAUCCUCACAUCUCAAGGCUGAGAAGCAUUCAGAAGAGGCGCGAUACCUUGCGAUUUUGAAUAAUCUCGACUUGUCUCGGUCUUUUUACUUCAGCUACUCCUACGACAUCACCCGCACUCUUCAGUAUAAUAUCUGCCGUGAGCGCAAGACUUACCAGGAUGGAAUCCCUCAGCCUUUCUCGCGGGACUAUCAUUCCAUGUUUAUCUGGAACCACCAUCUCCUUGCGCCCGCUGCUGAGGCUCUCAAAAAUCCCUAUGAGUGGUGUCUUCCCAUCAUCCAUGGAUAUGUGGAUCAGUCCAAGAUGAGCGUCUAUGGUCGAUUAGUCUAUAUUACCAUUAUCGCCCGUCGUUCUCGGUUCUUUGCUGGAGCACGUUUCCUCAAGCGAGGAGCUAACGACGUGGGAAAUGUCGCCAACGAUGUGGAAACUGAACAGAUCGUCUGUGAACAGUCAACAACCUCGUUCCAUUCAGCCGGCCCAACUCUCCACGCAAAUCCUCAUUACACUUCGUUUGUUCAGCACCGCGGAAGUAUUCCUCUGCAUUGGACCCAAGAGAACACAGGUGUCUCGCCCAAACCGGACAUUGAGCUCAACCUGGUCGAUCCAUUCUACUCAGCUGCAGCGUUGCAUUUUGACAAUCUUUUCGAAAGAUACGGUGCUCCGGUGUAUGUUCUAAACCUGGUCAAAUCUCGAGAGCGAACGCCGAGAGAAUCGAAGCUCCUUAAAGAGUUCACCAACGCAGUGUCCUACUUGAAUCAGUUUCUUCCAGCGGAUAAAAAGCUGAUAUACAAAGCUUGGGAUAUGAGCCGCGCUGCCAAAAGUCGAGAUCAAGAUGUUAUUGAAACAUUAGAAAGCAUCGCUGGCGACAUAAUUCCGAAAAUUGGCUUUUUCAAGAAUGGAAAUGAUGUGGAAUCCGGCCUUCAGCUUCAAAACGGAGUUGCGAGGACCAACUGUAUUGACUGUCUUGACCGAACGAAUGCUGCACAAUUUGUCAUUGGCAAGAGAGCACUGGGAUACCAGCUCCAUGCACUCGGUGUCAUAGAUGAAACAGCGGUGGAAUACGAUACCGAUGCAGUCAAUCUCUUCACCAACAUGUGGCAUGACCAUGGAGACACUAUUGCCAUUCAAUAUGGUGGAUCACACUUGGUUAAUACUAUGGCAACUUACCGCAAGAUCAAUCAGUGGAGCAGUCAUUCUCGUGACAUGGUGGAGAGCUUCAAGCGAUACUACAACAACUCCUUCCUUGAUGCUCAACGUCAAGAGGCGUACAACCUCUUCCUUGGCAACUAUAUCUUUUCACAGGGCACCCCGAUGCUCUGGGAUCUCUCAACUGAUUACUACCUGCACCAUACCAAUCCAAAAUCCCAUUUGGAGAGAAAGAAACCCAACUACAUUUCCUGGUACACACCAGAAAACCUGAAAGAAAAGGAAAUGCCACCCGUCCCAUCUCACCCAAAGGAGCCACUUUCACGCUUCGACGACUACUGGCUGGAAUACUAUCGUCCCCUCGCACUCACGUCACUCUCCAAGGUCUUUUCCUGGAAAAUGAACUCCACCUUGCGCUACCUCCCCCCAGUCCGCCCCGGCCACGCAGUCCCCGAUCUCAGUCCCUUCGUCCCUCGCAUUCCCCCAGAGCAGAUCCAGCGCGAGCGCCUACCACCACGCAGCGUCAAGAUCCAGGAGCCAACCGAUAGCCGCACCCGCCUCGCGUCAAACACAAUACCGAUCGCAGAAGAAACAACCUGGGCCCACCAACCCCCUCAUCCUCAAAACAACCCCCUCCAACGGUGGACCCUGGGCCAACUAGUCAGCGACUCCCUCAGCCCUACGGUAACGGGCGCCGAAGCAGAAGAAUACGAACGCUACAUCAACCACCCGCUCACAGUCCCGCUUGUCGUCACGUCCGAAAAUGAAAUGACAGCCGCCUCGCUCCGAGACCACGGUUAUAACCUCGAUCUCCUUGAGUACGCGAAUAAAUGCAAUGUGGAAGAGUUUGCGCUGGAGGCGAAUGCUGAGGAGAAUCUGGCUGAUUAUGCUGAGUUCUUGAAUGUCUCUGAAGAGGGUCUUACUGUUGUUAGUGAGGAUUACGAGAAGAAGAGGUAUAAGCGGUAUCGGCAGUGGUUGCGUGGGAAGAGUCUUUUUAAGCAGCGGGUUGAUUCAUGA